GCAUGCCGGGACUAGCUCCGGAGCCUCCCGGCAGUCCCCGCGACGGGCGCGGUACGUCAGGAGCUGGCCGGCGGCGGCCGUUCUUCGUAAGAUGGCGGAUCGGCGGCGGCAGCGGGCUUCGCAGGACACGGAGGACGAGGAGUCUGGUGCUUCGGGCUCGGACAGCGGCGGCUCCCCGGCGCGGGGCGGCGGGAGCUGCAGCGGUAGUGCUGGAGGCGGUGGCAGCGGCUCUCUGCCUUCCCAGCGCGGAGGCCGAGCGGGGGCCCUUCAUCUGCGGCGGGUGGAGAGCGGGGGCGCUAAGAGCGCUGAGGAGUCGGAAUGUGAGAGUGAAGAUGGCAUCGAGGGCGAUGCUGUGCUGUCGGAUUAUGAAAGUGCAGAAGACUCUGAAGGUGAAGAAGGGGAAUACAGUGAAGAGGAAAACUCCAAAGUGGAGCUGAAAUCAGAAGCCAAUGAUGCUGCUAAUUCUUCAGCAAAAGAAGAGAAAGGAGAGGAAAAGCCCGACACCAAAGGCACUGUGACUGGAGAGAGGCAGAGUGGGGAUGGACAGGAGAGCACAGAACCUGUGGAGAACAAAGUGGGUAAAAAGGGCCCUAAGCAUUUGGAUGAUGAUGAAGACCGGAAGAACCCAGCAUACAUACCCCGGAAAGGGCUUUUCUUUGAGCAUGAUCUUCGAGGACAAACGCAGGAGGAGGAAGUCAGACCCAAGGGGCGUCAGCGAAAGCUCUGGAAGGAUGAGGGUCGUUGGGAACAUGACAAGUUCCGGGAAGAUGAACAAGCUCCAAAGUCCCGACAGGAGCUCAUUGCCCUUUAUGGCUAUGAUAUCCGCUCAGCUCACGAUCCCGAUGACAUCAAACCCCGAAGAAUCCGGAAGCCUAGGUUUGGGAGUCCUCCGCAAAGAGAUCCAAACUGGAUUGUUGAGCGACCAAACAAGUCCCAUCGCCACCAGGGUCCUGGGGGCACCCUACCACCAAGGACAUUUAUCAAUAGGAAUGCUGCAGGGACUGGCCGAAUGUCUACUCCCAGGAAUUACUCUCGAUCUGGGGGCUUCAAGGAAGGCCGUGCUGGUUUUAGGCCUAUGGAGGCUGGUGGGCAGCAUGGUGGUCGGUCUGGUGAGACUGUUAAACAUGAAAGCAGUUACCGAUCACGGCGCCUAGAGCAGACUCCUGCGCGGGACCCAUCUCCAGAAGCUGAUGCUCAAGUGCUUGGCAGUCCGGAGAAGGAAGAGGCGACCUCAGAGAUACCAGCUGCUGCUCCCGACACUGUACCACCAGCCCCUGACAGGCCUGUUGAGAAGAAAUCCUACUCCCGGGCAAGAAGAACCAGAAUCAAAGCUGGAGAUGCAGUCAAGAUUGCAGAAGAGAUGCCCCCUCCACCCGAAGGGCUAACCCCAGCACCUCAAGUCCCAGAAACGACCCCUCCUCCACCUGCUAAGACUGGAAACUGGGAGGCUCCAGUGGAUUCUACAACAAGUGGACUUGAGCAAGAUGUGGCACAACUAAAUAUAACAGAACAGAAUUGGAGUCCCGGGCAGCCUUCGUUCCUGCAACCACGUGAGCUUCGUGGUAUGCCCAACCACAUACAUAUGGGAGCAGGACCUCAGUUUAACCGGAUGAAGAAAUGGUACAGAAAGGGAGAGGGAAGUAGUUGGGGGAGGGGGCUGCAUGGUGUCCAGGGUGGGCGAGCCAAACGCUAUUCAUCUCAGCGGCAAAGACCUGUGCCAGAGCCCCCUGCUCCUCCUGUGCACAUCAGUAUCAUGGAGGGACAUUACUAUGAUCCACUGCAGUUCCAGGGACCAAUCUAUACCCAUGGUGACAGCCCUGCCCCACUGCCUCCCCAGGGCAUGAUUGUGCAGCCAGAAAUGCACCUUCCCCACCCAGGUUUACAUCCCCACCAGACUGCGGCACCUCUGCCUAAUCCAGGCCUCUAUCCCCCACCAGUGUCCAUGUCUCCAGGGCAGCCACCACCUCAGCAGUUGCUUGCUCCUACUUACUUUUCUGCUCCAGGCGUCAUGAACUUUGGUAAUCCCAGUUACCCUUAUGCUCCAGGGGCACUGCCUCCCCCACCGCCACCUCAUCUGUAUCCUAAUACGCAGGCCCCAUCACAGGUAUAUGGAGGAGUGACAUACUAUAACCCUGCCCAGCAGCAGGUGCAGCCAAAGCCCUCCCCACCCCGGAGGACUCCUCAGCCAGUCACCAUCAAGCCCCCACCACCUGAGGUUGUAAGCAGGGGUUCCAGUUAAUAGGAGUUUCUAAGUAUUUUAAAUCAAACAUCAUACAAAAAGAACCCAGGAAAGAAGAGAAAUACAGCUGGCUGUGUACUCCCAGGAGGGCUUCAAAGAUAUAGGGUGGCUCCUACCAGCAAGCAGCUGAAUGAGAAGGAACCCUGACCUCCUCUGAGGACAGGCUCUGUUGGAGAAAGGGACAAACAAGUGGACUUCCUCCCCUCUCUACUCUUUACUUGAGUUGGCUGUGCUCAGAGGAGCAGAGACCCAGCCAGCUUCUGGGUCUACAUCUAGAAGUCCAUGUCUUUUACUCUUCAUUUUUUCCUGGGAAAUUGAAGUGUCUUCUCCCAGGGAAGCUCGUUCCUGUUUGUUUUGUUUCUUAAGAUGUUCGUUUUUAAAACCUGGCUUGCUAUUUAUUCAUUUAGUUGCUUUCUCUCUCUGCCUUUAAAUGAGACAGGUUAAUUCUUCUUAUUUACUAGCUCCUCUGCUUUCACUUUUGGAUUUUCCCUGCAUCCCAGAUAAUUGAAAUUUUACCAGCUAGUUUUCCUCUACCAAGCCUGCAAAGAGGUGGCCUUUCAUUUUUGGCCGUCCUUUGUUGUUGUAUACUUGGAUUCUCUUAAUUCCUCUAACCCUAUGGAAGCAGAGCCGUCCACAGAGUGUUGUGGAGAAAAGUUCAGAGUGUGUGGUAGGAGCCCAACUUGACUUCUGUUUUCAGGAAUCUGAGCCUCCAUCAGUCCCUGUACUGUGGUAGGCAUCAGUCCUCUACUUGAGGGCAAAGUCUCUACAGUGGAGAGAGAUGGCAAACCAGAUGCUUUUGUGAGAAAGGGAGAGUGGAGUAAGCCUUUGCCUCUUAGGGGACUAUAUUCAUAUAGUCCUCAGGGCUCAGUCUUUGAGGUAAGUGGAAUUAGAGGGCCCUGCUUCUCUUCUUUCCAUCCCUCCUAUGACACCCCCUUUCCAGUUGCUAUGGACCAAUGCAUCUCUCUAGAGGCAGAUACUGUCCAGCAAGCUACCUUGUACUUUACGGUUGCUCUUCUUGUCUUUUCCUGCUACAAGUGUUUUAGAUGUUACUACCUGGUUUUUCCCCAAGUUCUGCUCCUGUCCUUGCCAAAACAUCUGGGCUUCAGGCCUAAGGAAACCAGUCACUUUCGGGGCAAGGGUUCCUCCCUCUUCCUCCCUAUCCACGGCGCUGAACCACUCCCCUGCUGCCUCUGCAGGAGAAAUUCCUGUUGCUGCAGCACUUGCGUCUGCCGGGAGUAACUUGGCCACUGUCCCAGUCCUACAGAACGUGAGGGAGAUGGUGGUGGCUAUGUCUCCCCAGGUAAUGUCACUGUUUCUAUUCCUUCUCUCCAGCAGCUAAUCUAACCACUCUUUUGAGUCACAGGUGUGGGGUGGGGAGUGGGGAGAGGCACUCAAGCUGUAGACUCCAAGGAGGAAAUAACUAAGAGAUUCUUCCAGGGGUGGCUGAUGGUUGUGCCUUUUGUAGGCUGUCCCCUUUGCCUUAAACCUGAAGAUGUCUCCACAAGCCUGUGGGCAGCAUGCCCAGAUUCCCAGACCUUAAGACACUGUGACAGUUGUCUCUGUUGGUCCACUGUGUUUCGUUGCAAGAAUUUCUCCAUGUGUGGUGUUGCUGUUGUUUGUUACCGUUUUAAAGGGUGCACAUUUGUGAUCAGCAUUGUGACUUGGAGAUAAUAAAAUUUAUAGACUGUAAACUUGG